GGUUCAGGCAGCUGCCUGGCUUCUCUGCCCUGGCUCCAUGCCCACGCUGCUCCCUGCCCACCUCCUUCUCCCAUUUCACUGCCUGCCCUGUGCUGUGCUAACACCUCCCCUGGGCCGCUCUCGAGGGCCCAUCCUGGGAGGCUUUCCAAAGGCCUCUUCAUUAGCACUGCCUGUGGCUGUGGCUUGGGCAGGGAUCUGGCAGGGAAAUAGGGGGGCUCCCUGGAUGGGAAACACCCGUGCCAGCUCACCUGAGCGAGGUCUCACUCGGGGACCCUCAGGGGGCUCCCGCCAGGUCUGGUCCUACUGGAGGAUGCCAGCGUCACGAGGCAGCAGUGUCCCCAGCCCCACGUGGGACUCUGGUCCCUGCCAGGCGUCUCCCUGUGGUGUGGCCCUGGAUUGGUUUAAAGUCUGCGUGUUAUCACCCACCCCAGCCCUGGGGCUCAUAAAAUCGUGCCAGGACGGAGACACUGACGCUGCUGUUGCCGCUGCCCAUUCCCAGCCGGCCCUAUGGGCACCACUUCCUUCUUGAAGAAGGCCCGGGCUCUCCUCCGCAUCCGGAACCAGCUGGUGCGGGAAUGCCUGGCUGAGCUGCUGGCUGUCUUCGUGCUUAUUCUGAUCACCCUGAGCGGCUCAGCACAGAUGGUCACCAGCUCCGGGACGAAGGGGAACAUCCUCACCGCCUACCUGGCAGGCGCCCUGGCAGUCAUGGUGGCCAUCUACAUGGCAGGGGGAGUCUCCGGGGCCCACCUGAACCCAGCGUUCUCCCUUGCCAUGUGCCUGCUGGAGCAGUUUCCCUGGUGGAAGCUUCCCAUCUUCGUGGCCGUGCAGACCUCAGGAGCUUUCAUGUCUGCCGGAGCUGUCUAUGCCCUCUACUAUGAUGCCAUCCAGCACUACAGCAAUGGGACCCUCACCACCUCUGGCCCCUGGGAAACCGCCUCCAUCUUUGCCACCUACCCUGCUGACUACCUCUCCCUCUCCAAUGGCUUCUUGGACCAGGUGAUGGGCACAGCACUGCUGAUCAUGGGCAUCCUGGCCAUUCUGGACACCCGCAACAAGGGUGUCCCCAAGGGCCUGGAGCCGGUGGCCGUGGCCCUGCUGGUGUUCUCCAUUGAGGUCUCCAUGGGCUCCAACUGCGGCUGCCCCAUGAACCCCGCGCGGGAUUUCGGGCCCCGGCUCUUCACCUACGUCGCAGGUUGGGGUGCAGAGGUCUUCAGCAGAGGCAAUGGGUGGUGGUGGGUGCCAGUGGUGGCACCGCUGCUGGGGGCCGCCGUGGGUUCAGCCCUUUACCAGCUCCUCGUGGCUUUCCACCACCCGCUGGAGGAGGGUGACCCCCCAGCGGAGCAGACCUCCCUGGUCCUCGUCAACGUUGCCAUCCCCCCAGACGCCGACAUGUCACCCAGGGAGAAGGACGCUGGAGUGAUGCUGCCCCAGAAGAAGUGACACCGGGGGGACCCCCCACCCCGAGCUGGCGACACGGUCGUAGUCCCCUGCCCUGUCCCUGUCACACCAUUAAACAAGCCCUGAGGCCGUGGGGUGUCUCGUGUCUAGACAGGGGGGCAGCGGCGCAGGGGGAAUAGGACGGGGGAGGCAGCGGCCCCCAGCCCCCCCGGGGGC